CGCCCUCUUCUUCAGACCUUCCUCCAGAGCCGUAAGGGUGCAGCCACACAGCACAUCUUUGGCCUUUGGUGUUACAUGUGAUGGCGUCUUACACAGCCUACAGUGGCUAUACUAAGCCACCAAUGUCCUAUGCUCCAUCCUACUAUGACGAGAACUUGCAGAAGCCACCCCAGGCCUACACAGAUUACCAAGACUACCAAGACUCUGUUUAUGAGGAAAAAAUGAAAGCUGAGAAGAGGAAAAAGCGAAAUGAAAUCUGCUGUGAGAUUAUUGCUCUCGUCAUUGGUUUUAUUGGACUGAUCGGAGUAGCAGCGGUGACUGGCUUGCCCAUGUGGAAGGUAACAGCCUUCAUUGAGGAAAACAUCAUUGUGAUGGAAACCCGUUGGGAAGGUUUGUGGAUGAACUGCUUCAGACAAGCCAACAUCAGAAUGCAAUGCAAGGUGUACGAUUCCCUGCUGUUCCUGCCACCAGAUCUCCAGGCAGCCAGAGGUCUGAUGUGCAGCUCUGUCGCGCUGACAACCUUCGCCCUGGUUGUUUCAGCGGUGGGAAUGAAAUGCACUAAGAUGGUGGACCAUCGUGCUCGCACAAAGCACAUCGUCCUUGUGGUUGGAGGAUGUCUCUUCCUCAUGGGCUGUGUUACUACCCUGAUCCCAGUCUCCUGGACUGGCCAUGUCAUCAUCAUGGACUUCUACAACCCACUGCUGAUUGACGCCCAGCGAAGAGAACUCGGAGAGGCCCUCUACAUCGGCUGGGUGACGUCUGCCUUGCUUUUCGCAGCUGGAGUCAUUCUGCUGUGUCGCCAUGCUCCGCGCACCAAUAUAGAAGAGGAGAGGGUCAUUUACAAUCCUAAUGGAAGUAUCUACCAACCUGCCUACACAUACCAGCCGUACACAUACCAGCCUGCAUACAGCUACCAACCCCAGUACUCUGCACCUCCAACAGGAUCUGUGGCAUAUACUCCGACUCAGUACUAGGAAAUAUUUGGACUUGCUUUUUAAACCAGAAUAUAAAACGUGGUUCAAAGAAUGAGGACAACUGAGUGAGAAGAAAUGGCAUAAUUUAAAAAGAUGCAUUCAGUUUAAAAAAAGGGAGGCAAGUGUACUUCUGAGACUCAAUUUCAUUAAAUAAGUGAUUGAUUUGUUAUCAUAUGGAAGUGUACUUAAAUUGCUUAAGAUCCUGUUGUAUUGUGGCUAUUGACCAAUGCGGUAAUGUUUAUGCCUUACAAACUCUAUAGAUGGUCUUUUUAGUUAAAAUGUGCACUAGACAUUCUCUACACCUUCAGGUGUUCUCUGUAUACUGUUAAGAUUUUAUGUAUAUACCUUUUAUUUUCAAAAUAAGACCAUCAUAUGAAUAUUUUUAUGUUCAAUAAAAAAGAGUGAGAAACA